CUGUUGUCCCCCACUUUUGCCACAAUAACUAUUGAAAUUCAGUACCAAUGGCUAUUACUCCAGACUCAGGCUACACAACAGGCACACGCAACACUGAUUUGGGAGAAAUAUUGAACGAUGAUGGAAGAUUCGAGGAAGUUGUCAACGACAUAAAACAGAAAAUAGCUGAGAAAUUCUUAUCGGGAAAUACAGAAGUCGAUGAAUUCCUGGAUCAAUUCUUGACCCGAAGAAAGAUAAUGCAUUUACGAAAGGUGAAGGUAGACAAAAUGCGAGAGCUCAAGAGGAAACCGAAAUCGUCAACAGGGGGUUAUCCAGCAGUGAACACCUUUCGCCGCCCAAGUUUUCUUAAAGCUAUUUCCAUAAUGUGGAUGAAAAUAAUUCCCACGAUAGCCCUCAUCUCAGACAACAAGACAAAAGACUACAUCGUAGGCUUCACGGACCUCGGAAAUUACGACGAUUUUUCCACAGAGAUGAUGGAGUGGAGAAUAGCCCAGUCUGGUGCAAUAUCAUACACUGGUGACCUGUUGAAUCCACCAGAAAAGGGAAAGAAGCCGUCUAAUCUACUCUUUGGAAACCAGAAAUCAAAAACAAUUCGAGGCAGAACUAAUUCUGACGACAGUGGUUCUGAUAACGAAUGAUUUAUUCUCAUUCGAUCGAAUUUUCCUAGUUAUUCGCAUACCAUUUUGGAUUAUUAUUAUUUUUUGUACGUCACGCACACUGAUAAAUGAUAAAUUACGAAUUGAAUCAAUCUGAUCGAACACAAUAAACAU